AUGAACACCACCAACGUGACACAAUGUCAGCCAGGGGGGAUCCACCUUGCCCUCCCAGUAAUUUUGGGCAUCGUCUCAGUGGGCGGGUUGGUCUUCAACAGCAUCAGCCUCUGGAUCUUCUGGUUUGCCAUCAAGCGCUGGAAUUCUGGCAUCAUGCUUCAGUUCAAUCUGGCCUUGGUAGACAUCAUUGUCCUUCCGGUAAUGCCAUUGAUGGUGACCUAUUUCAGCUUGGGCAACCACUGGCCCUUUGGGCAGUUUGUCUGCCAGCUUCAAGUCUUCCUGCUCAGCACCCACCUGUAUGGAAGCAUCUACUUCCUCAUGCUCAUCAGCAUCCACAGGUACCAAGCCAUUGUCCACUACAACGCCAAGACCCUCUGGAGGAAGAAGUCUGCCUUGAAAAAGUUGGUCUUGGUCUUCUGGGCUUUCCUCUUCCUGCAGGGGCUUCCACUCUUCUUUUUCCUCAAGACUUCAGUCAUCGGCAACUCGGUCAAGUGCUUGAGCAUCUACCAGUCAGAGUUGACCUAUCUCUACCUAGCUUAUGGCACCUUCCUGGGGAUCUUCUGCUUCCUCAUUCCCUUUGGCAUCUCUCUGGUGUCCUACAUGAUGUUGGGAGCCUAUGUUGCUAAAAUCAGUCAAGCCAAUCUCCGAGGCAGAGUGAUGAAGACCAAGUCAAAGCAGAUGAUCACCAUUGCCCUGGUCAUCUUUGCCACCUGCUUCACACCCCUCCACAUCUGUGGGUCCCUGGCUGCCAUUGUGAGAUAUUAUGGCGUGUCCUGCAACGUUCUAUAUCACAUAGAAGUCACCUAUUACAUUUCUUUGGUCUUCAGCAUGGUCAACUGUUGCCUGGAUCCCUUCAUCUACAACUUUGCCAACGAGAAAUUUCACAGGCUCUUUUCCAAUUCCCUAAGAGGAUUAUUGGUGUCCGAGUGA